UAUGUAACGAUAAAUGUAACCUGUAAACAAUCGCUGUGCUGUUAGAAAAUUUUUUUACCGCGAGAACCCGCCGCCGAAACACCGAUCCGUCCCGAACGCCGCAGUACGAGACGGCGUUUUGACUAACGCAUUACAGGAAGCCAUCUUUCCUCGGUGGACCGCCUUCUCUUAUCCGGUGCACUGUAGUUACACGCGGUCGAGCAAGGUGUUGGAUACGGGCUUGUCGCGCGAUCUCGGAAUUUCUGAGCUUUCAGCGGACCGCCUCUACCUUCCGGGAACGGUGUUUAUGGUACAACUGUAAUCGCAGCUAGCGUCAAGCAAUCAUGGCACGGUACGGGCAGCGACCCGAAAACGCCCUGAAACGGGCGAACGAAUUUAUUGAAGUGGGCAAAUCAGCUCGAGCAUUAGACACAUUGCAAGAAGUCUUCCGUAAUAAAAAAUGGACAUACAAUUGGUCAGAAUCUGUAUUGGAGCCCAUAAUGUUCAAGUAUUUGGAUCUUUGUGUAGAAUUGAAGAAAUCACACAUAGCAAAGGAAGGUUUAUUCCAAUACAGAAAUAUGUUCCAAUCUGUCAAUGUUGGGAGUUUAGAGAAUGUAAUACGUGGCUAUUUAAGAAUGGCUGAAGAGAAGACAAAUGCGGCACGUAAACAGAGUCAGCAAGCUGUAAUCGAUAUUGAUGAUCUUGAUAAUCUUGCUACACCCGAAAGCAUCUUACUUUCGGCUGUUAGCGGAGAGGAUGCACAGGAUAGAAGCGAUCGUACUAUCUUGACACCUUGGGUAAAAUUUUUAUGGGAAUCGUACUGCCAAUGCUUGGAGUUGCUCAGAACUAAUGCACAUGUAGAAACUCUUUAUCAUGAUAUUGCACGUAUGGCCUUCCAGUUUUGUCUCGAGUAUAAUCGUAAGACUGAAUUUCGUAAAUUAUGCGAAAAAUUACGAAAACAUCUUGAGGAAAUUUGUAAGCUGCCACCACUUGUCUCGAAUGUUUCUAUGAAUAAAGCAGAGACACAACAAUUAAAUUUAGAGACUAGAUUAAACCAAUUAGACUCCGCAAUACAAAUGGAAUUAUGGCAGGAAGCCUUUAAAUCUUCGGAGGAUGUACAUGGUAUGAUGAAUCUAUCGAAGAAACUCCCUGUACCAAAAACGAUGGCAAAUUAUUAUCAGAAGCUCGCUAUGGUCUUUUGGAAGGCCGGCAAUUAUCUAUUUCACGCGGCUGCGUUAUUCAAACUUCUGCAACUCUCUCGUGAAAUGAAGAAAAACAUGUCUUCGGAGGAACAACAGCGAAUGGCCAACCGUGUGUUGUUGGCAACGUUAUCGAUACCAUUGCCGUCUGCUCAUCCGGAAUUUGAUCGCUUUAUAGAGACAGAUAAAAGCCCAUUAGAAAAGGCUCAAAAACUCGCGACUCUUUUGGGCCUCUCGCAACCGCCAACACGCGUUUCUCUGUUGAAAGAUAUCGUUCGUUUAAACGUUGUCAGUCUCGCGUCACCGCAGUUACAGGAAUUGUACUCGUGGUUAGAGGUGGAGUUUCAUCCAUUAGAGCUUUGUAACAGAGUCGAUUCUGUUAUUCAGACAUUACAAGCGGACGAAAACAGCCCAUUGGCUCAGUACGUCCCAGCUUUGCAAGAUGUGACCCUUGUGCGUCUCGUUCAUCAGAUCUCCCAAGUCUAUCAAACUAUACAAUUUUCCAGACUUUUAGAACUUGCUAAAUUCACAGUAGAUUUUCAUCUCGAGCGUCUUUUAGUGGACUGCGUGCGCUACAACGAUAUGCAAAUCAGAAUAGACCAUGGCAAGUCAUGUGUUCACUUUGGAGUGGAUCUCUCAGAAGCACAACGAGAGGAUCAUCCAGAUGGUCCAGUGCUACAGGCGAUGCCCUCCGAACAAAUACGCUGCCAGUUAGUGAACAUGGCAACCGUGUUGCAUCGUUCCAUUAAUGUAAUAAAUCCCAAUAAAAAGAAACUCGAGCGUGAAAAACUACGUAACGCGUUGGUUACUCAUUAUCAUGAAACUAAGAUGAAGGAACAUCAGAGAAUAUUGGGCAGGCAUAAGAUUAUCGAGGAACGAAAGGAGUACAUCGAGCACAUCAAUACGGUCCGCGAAGAAGAGGAAAUGCGCCGACAGGAAGAACUCCAGCGACAACAAAUGCUAGCUGAACAGAAGCGACUGGAGCAGGAGCGCGAAGAGCGUGAGCGGAAACGUCAGCAGAGUGAGAUUCAGCAGAUCAAGGAUCGUCAUCUUAAGGAAAAGAUGCAACAGAUUUCGCAAACAAGUCACGGGCAGAAAGUGCUUAAGAAACUGGACGAAGAUGAGAUCAAGAAGCUGGACGCGGAGCAGAUUGCGGCGCGGGAAGCUGAAGAACUGCAAAAAGAGCGCAGAGAGAUGCAACAAAAGCUCAAGUCCCAAGAAAAGAAAGUUGAUUAUUUGGAACGUGCCAAGCGACUCGAGGAGAUUCCGUUGCUGGAAAAGGCUGUACAGGAGAGAAUGCAGCAAGCAAAACAGCUUUGGCGGCAGCAGGAGGAUGAGAGAAUCGCCGCGGCUAUUGAAGAAAGGCAGGAGGCUGUAGCGACUCGAGAACGUUUGGCUCGCAUGAAGGAAGAUCAUGAUAUUUUCUUGACUAAGAUCUUAGCUGAACGUAGGAGCAUACAUCUGGAAAAGCUGAAAGAAUUUGAAAAAUUAAUGAAUGAAGAACGUGCCAAGCGAUUAUUAAAACGCAAAAUGGAACGUAAGGCCGAGCGUAAAGCGAAAUGGGAAAAGGAACGUGCGGAAGCUGCGGAACGAAGACGGCUGGAGGAAUUGCGCAUCAAACAGGAAGAAGAGAAGAAACGUUUAGAAGAGGAAAGAGCCAAGAGGGAAGAGGAAGAGAAAAUUAGACGGGCCGAAGAAGAAGCCAGAGAAGCCGAACGUUUAGCUAAACUGAAGAAGCAAGCCGAAAUUAUUAGAGCCAAGGAAGCCGAGAUUGAACGUAAAUUAGAAGAGGAACGCCAGAGAGAUAAAGAACUAACAUCAACAUGGCGACGUUUAGAUAAAGAUAAUGACCGCGACCGUGAUCGUGAUCGUGAUCGUGAUCGUGAACGCGACCGUGACCGUGACCGUGACCGUGACCGUGACCGCGACCGCGGUGACCGUGAUGGUCCGAAAAGUACAAUGGAAUCAUGGCGACGCAACGCCGAUAAGGAUUCUGAUGGACUCAAAAACGAAACGGACCGUUGGAGGAAACGUGAUGAGAAGAUCGAGGAGUCUUCUUCGUGGAAGAGAAGAGAACCGGAACGACGCGACGUGGAUAAAUGGAGAAGGAAUGAUGACUCUGAUAGAUGGAAGAAAGACACUACGGAUAAAUGGAGAAAAGAUGAUAAUUUCGACAAGGACGAUUUAAGAGAUCGAGAUAGAUUGGACAACCGUGGUUUUGACAAAAGGGAUGAUCGUGAUCGUGACCGCGAUCGCGACCGUGAUCGCGGAAUAGAUGGACGCGGAAUACGCGAAAUUUCACGAGAUACAAUACGUGAUGAUCGAGAUCGAGAUCGCAGUAGAAUGUCUGAUCGUCGUGGUGGUUAUCGCGAUCGUCGUGAUGAACCUGUCAGGGAAUCGCGAAGCACGAAUCAGGAUUGGCGAAAACGCGACCCGCUUCAAGAGUCUCCUAGAGAGCCACCUAAGCGCGAACGAGAUGAUCGUAAAGAUGAUCGACUUCCGCCUAGAUCCGAUGACAGAAGACGACCAUUGGAAGAUGAUGGCUGGUCUAAAGUCAGUCGGCGCUAACAUCGGAUUCCCAUAUAAUAUAUAUAUAUGUUUAUUCUUUAAGAGGAAUUAUAUUAUAAUCUACAUUAUAUAUGGAUGGAAUUUUUAUCAAAUACAAAAUUAAUAAAUAUUCUAUCUAAUUCUAUUA